AUGGCAGACCAUGAAUGUGUUUCGAAAUUGUCCAUACCAGACUGGUCUCUUCUCCCUAAUGAGUUAUUGGAAAUCGUCUGCAGUAAUUAUUGCAAAACAUUGAACAAGUGUUUCGAUAUUGUUCAUGCUCGUUCCGUUUGCCGCCUGUGGCGAUCAAUCUUCCCCUUUCCUUCUUGCCUCUUACGCCCACGUGACUUUCUUCCCACGUUCGUCUAUUACCCUUACCUAAGCAGAGAAUUAUGCACCCUCGAGAAGAUCCCUUUGUUCCUCUUUAGAGUCAAAACUCAUGCUACGUCGACUUCUAAGUAUUUUCUGGGAGGAAUAGGCCGAGACGAGUCAAAGGAUCAUAUGGAGCUUCUUCCAUCUCCUAUUCAGUGCUCAGUGAAAGUGACGAUCCCAAGAUGUGAUCCAACCUUGAUUAAAAUGCUAGACUGCCAGAUCAUCCCUCUUGGCCAUCAGUACAGAAUGAUUGGUUGCAAUCCUAAAGACUACAAAGGCGUGGCUUAUCUUCCGCUAAAUAAGAAGGGAAAAUUCGUUGUGCUCCUCAAUUACACUAAAGUUUUGUUGGUGUUAAGAAGUAGAGACAAGAUAUGGAUGCGGUUUAGUAACAUCUCAAAGGCUUCAUGCGAUUAUUUAGUGGCUUUUAGAGGCAGAUUUUAUGCAUCCUUUCUUAACAGGGACAUUUUCGUUAUCCAUCCUUAUUCGAUGAAAGUAACUCCGCUUAUGCCCUUGCAUCAUUUGUACCCUGAUUCACACAUUUAUCUGGUUCCAUCUGGCAAUGAUGAGCUUUUCCUAGUUGAGCGCAUCAUUAUCCCAAGUAAUGGUGUUGGUGUAUUGGAUUUUAGUCGGUUUACAUGUAGAGUGUGUAGACUUGACGAGGAAGCUGGUAAAUGGGUCGUGGUCAGCGAUUUGGGAGAUCGUGUAUUGUUUAUUGGAGAGUUUGGAAAUACCUCUUGCCCGGCUAAGGAGCUUCCAGAUGGUUGCGGUGUGAGUGGGAACUCAAUUUUGUUCACCAAUGGGCCAGGAAAUGUAUCUUUCUUUUAUAAGUAUAGAUUAAGUUCAGAAAAUGUGAAAGACGACCUCAGUCUUUUGAGAUUCUCAAGAGAGAAUCGUGUGAUAAUUCGUAACAAGUCUCCUCCGGUGGUGGCUCUCCAUGUUGAGCACUAAGCAGUUAAAUCUUACUUUGGAUACUUGAGACAUUUUAUUGGUUUUGUUAUUUUUACAUUUUGUGAUCUCUGAUGUUACACCCAUUGUUCUGGAGUCUGUAUCUUGUGUCACAGCGAUAUGUUGAAGACUAGCUAGAUCACUGGAAUUUUUAACUUUUUGUAAUAUCUUUGUUCUAACAUUUCACUCACGACCUUCUCAAGACCACGCACCUUUAUAUAUGGAAAUGAUCGUCAUAUAUGUUGGAAUAUUUGAGACUAUCACGUGAGCAUGUGUUCGACCAGUCCUCUCCACAUACAAUUAAUAUGCAGCAUAUGCGCAAUGUUACUUAAACAACUAUAUUCCUCUGUUUCAUAUUUGUGGAAUUGUAGUCUCUGUUUAUUUAAGAGUUAGUCAAUUCGGAUAUCGGGAUUAAUUUGUAAUUAGUUCUUUCAGAUGGCAAAUAUGGCAGAACCUGCAAAGGAACAGAAGCAAUCAUCCAUUAUGCUAGAUUCUAUAAGAAGCCUUUUACUCUCUGUUUUGUUUUUCUUGAUUUGGUGUUGGAUAUUUCUACUUGGAAUUUUUUUAUUUGAUUCUCAAUUUCGGAUGUCGUUUGGUGAAAUGAAGAUUUGAAUAAAUCAUAUAUAACUUAGUUCUCAGGAUUGAUAGACCGU